AUGAAGGAUAAUAUUUUCUUAAAUAAAGAGGAAUUACUAAAAGGAGAAAACAUAAUGCAUAUUAUGAAAGACCCUAUGUUAUUUUUAGUUGAAGCAAAUAAAUAUAAAACAACAACUGAAAUAAAAAAUGAUCUUGAGUUAAUGAAAAAUAUAAUUCAUAAUGAUAUUAUAAAAAUUUUAAAUAAAAAUUCUCAGGAAUUUAUGUCAUUACCAUCUAAUUUAAAUAUUAUAGAAAAUGCAAUACCAAUUUUAGAAAGAGAAAUAAAAGUUUCUAAAACUUUUGUUAAAAAAUUAUUAAGUGAAAUAAAUACUAUUAAUGAUAAUACUCAUGAAAUAUUAAUAAAUAAAAUUAAUACAUAUAUCAUUAAAAAUAUCUUAAAAAAUAAUAUUGAAAUAGAGCAAUUACUAAAUAAAAUACAAAAGGAAAUUACAAAAUAUGAAAAGUCUGAAAAUUAUAUAUUUUUAGUAGAUAUACGAAAUAAAUUAAGUUCAAAUAAUGAUGACAUAAAUAAAAACAUUAUGGAAGAUUUAUGUAAAAAUAAUUCAUACCUUCUUUACCAUUUAAGUCAAAGAAUAAUAAAUAUAUCUAAAGGAGUAUGGAAAAUAAAGGCUAUGUUAUAUAAUAAUUAUAAAAGAAUGUGUAAAAUAUCUAAUAGUUUAGGAGAUUUUAACAAUCUUAUUAUAAAAUAUGGUACUUCAGCUACAUGUGAUAAUGAAAUUAUAGAUAUAAUUAAAAAUUAUUCUUACGAAAGAUUUAAUAAUAAUAUUAAAUGCAUAAUUAAUCAGUUAACAAAAUGUAUAAAUCAGCUGUCUUAUAUUUUUUUAAAAAUGAUGAAAAAUGAUUUUUUAAAAAAUAUAUGUGAAAAUUUUAUUUUGAAUCAGUUAACUAAUUAUAUUUUAAAUUCGUGUUAUAUACUUAACUACUUUGAUACAUUUAUUAUUCAAUUUCAAGAGAUAUAUAUUAAUUAUAUUGAAUACAUAGAUUUUGAAACGUAUGAUUCACUUUUAUUAUAUAUAAAAAAAAAUAUUUUAGAAAAUGAAAACGUUAUUAUGAUAUGUAAAAGAAUAGAUGAAAUAGAUGAAAAUAUUUUAUUUUUUACAAAAGGAAUAGUUGAAAAAAUUUUAGAUAUUAUAAAAAUUAAAUUCCCCAAUAUAUUUUUGUUAAAAUAUUGUGAUAUUUUUAUUGAAAAUUAUAUAAAAACAUUCAAUUUUUUAGACGAAAUUAAAAAGGACAGAAGAACAUAUGAGCAAUAUGUCCUCAAUGACAAAAUCAAGGAGUUUCUAAAAAAUUUUGAAACAGAAGCAUAUGUUCAAUAUAUUUUAAAUAUAUUAGAAAAUAAAAUAAAUGAAAACAAUAAAAAUAUUAUUUUUUUUGAUAAAAAAUAUAUUUUUGAUAAUAACUUUUAUUGGUUAAAAGAAACAAUAAAUUUAAUAAAAAUUUUUAAAAUUUUGUUUACUAGUAAAUUUUAUAUUUCCGAUUGUUUAUCUAAUUAUCUAUCUUUUAUAUUUAAACAUUUUAAAAAUUAUAUUUGUAAUAUUGAAACAUUUUUAUUAUUUUUAGAAGAAAAUAAUAACAUUAAGAUUGGUCAUAUUGAUAAAAAAAAAUUCAAUUGGAGCCCAACAUUAAGUUAUAAUAGUAUAGGUUUUUUUUUGUCUGAUUUUUUAUCUUUAAGAAAAAUUUUUAAAACAAAAUAUAAAAUAAAAAAUUUUAUUAAAAACAAUGAAUUUAUUAUACCAAAAAAUAUAGGGGAUAUACCUAGAUGGAUAUAUAAAAAACUUUUUUCUAAUAAUUAUAAUUUUUAUUAUAAUGACGAUAAUAACUCUCGUUUAACUAAUUUAAUUUCCUCAUCUGAUAGUGAAGAAAAUAUAAAUGAAUUCUUUAAUAAAGAAACUAAUUUUUCUAAUAUAAACAAUUAUAUGAAUAAUUACUUUAACAUAGAUUCGGAUAAAAAAAAGCAUAAAAAGAAUAAUGAAGACAAUUUAUUGAUGAAAAACGAGGAAAUUGAAAAUAUAGAAUCAAAUUAUGAAAUUAAAAACGAUAAUAAGUCAUUUGACGAAAAUAAAGAAAAAAAAAAUGAUAUAAUUUACAUCACAAAUUGUGAAGAUGAAGAUAAACAAAGGAAAAAUGAAGAUAUUAACUUGAAUAAUAAUAAUAAUAAUAUGAAAAACCUUAAAAAUAUAAUGGUUCAAGAAGUUAAAACAAAUGAUGAAUUAAAAUGCGAAGAAAAGAAACUAAUUUUUAAAAUAGGAAAAGAUAAUAAAAAUUCUUUAAAAGAGAAAAAAAAAGAAAUGAAAUUAAAUUUACAUAUAUACCAAAAUAAAAACACCAAAAAAAUAAUUCACAAUAUAAAAUGUAUAAAUGGAUUUUUAAAAACAUUAUCUAAAAUUGUAAUAAACACACAAAAAUCUUUUGAAGAUCUUUUUAUUAAUAAGAUGUUUGAAAUUUGUUCAAGUUUUUUAGUAUAUUUGCAUUCCUUGCUAGCUAUGUAUAAAAUGACUAAUAAACCAAUUCCCAAGAAACCUAGUGAACAAGUUGACAAAAUAAUCCUUCCAUUAAUUUCUUUUAAAACCUUUUAUAAAGAUAUAAUAGCAGAUAUUAUAAUUGAAGAAAUAAUAACAAAAAUAGUUGAUAAAAUAAGUGAUCAUUAUCUUCAAGAAAUAAAGAAUAUUGUUAAUGUAAAAAUUAGUGAACAGAAUGAGAAAAUAAUUAAAUUAAAUUUAACUGAUUCAUCAAAUGAAAAUGAUAUACUUGAUGAUCAAAAAAUACAAAGACAAAUAUUUUUAGAUGUAUGUCAUUAUGAAAAAAUAUGUAAUGAACAUUUUAACAUAAAUAGCAACACAAACAUAAGUAUGAACAUCUUACUGAAUCAUUUUGUUUCAAAAAAUUAA